AUGGUGGAACGGCUGGGCGAAUGGUUCCCCUUUUCCUCUGACUUAUACUGCCGGAAGCUCACGCUGUAUGACCGCAUGUUCUGGGAUGUCACUGAGGGACCAUUUGUGGAAGCGGCUUCUCCCUUCUCCCUGGCCAUGUGUGCCUUUGCAUGCGCAGCCCCAUUUGGGGGUUCCAUCGCCGUCAUUCAUGCUGCACCGCCCCCGCCCGAUGGUGACGGUGACGUGGAUGGCAUAGUGCACGUGUACACGAGUGCUGGUGAGCUUCAGGCGAGGCUCUGUCUUCCGUGUGGUGUGGGUUCACCCAUCGACAUGGGAUGGACGAAGGAGGAGGUCCUUGUCAUUCUAACUGACCAAGAAGUCUGUGUUUUCUUUAACGAUAUUUAUACGGGGUGUUCCUCGCUGAGCCUGGAUGGCGUCUCUUCCUCUUGCACAAUUCGGCUGCAAGACAACAUGUUUCCAACAUCUUCCAACCCCUUGAAUGCUGCGGUUACCUCAACCAUUCUUUCUUGUAUGCGUCCGGAGGGAUUGUUCUGCAUCGAUGCAAACGGGUGGCUGCGGGGCGUCAUGCACGUCGAGCGCCAGCCCCCUAAGCUGCAGGUCCCCGAGCAGCUUGAAGCGGGGCUUUUCCCCACCACCUUUGACUUUAUUCCAGCAGAGUGGAACGACAACGCUGAUACGGUAUUCUACCUGACAACCAGGUCACACUGCCAGAAAGGGGAUAGCACGCUGCAUGUCUUCACCUCCAAUCAUGGCUUGCAUGCAAAGGCACGGAAGUGUAUUCCUGGUAGAGUUUUGACGAUGAAGAUCAACCACACCGGCCUGUGUAUCGCAUUAUUUACGGACCGGGCGGAACUGUACGUCCUGUCGAGUAAUCUGGAUUCUGUUGAGUUUUCCCUGGCGUUGGGUUCACGUAGCCGAGGACCGGAAAAGAUGGAGUGGUGUGGGUCAUCAUUUAUCAUGCUUCACUUCAACAACGCCGUUGUUCAUCAGGGUUACCUAUCACGUACGGUCGCACCAAUGUUCUCUCUGCUGGUUCCGACUUUGCCGGAGGCGUCGGUAAAGUGUGAACGGUUCGAUUGGGAACGCGAGGGCAGUGGACAUGUUGUUACUGUUUCGGAAAUCGACGGUGUUCGCGUUCUUACCGAUAAAGCCUGCUACUUUCUUGAGCAGGUGCCGAAAAGUCUUGUCACUUUGUGCCGCAUCAAACCAUUAUCCCUUCCUGCACAGUUGGUCGCUGCUUGCGCGGACAGAGGGAAUCGCUUGCCGCGAGUCUGUCGUUUACUUUCAAGCUGGGGAAGCUCCACCUUCUCUGGGAUCAUUGAUGAAGUUAUGGAUGCUGCGCAGCAUGAGUUUUCUCCGGAAAAGCAGCAUCUUUUGUUGGCCGCAGCCUCCUUUGCCAGUGAAGUGCAUCGGCAGUAUGAUUCCGACGCAUUUGUGGACAUUGUGCGGCGACUGUGUGUGCUUCACGCCGUGCGAAACCACCCUGGAUGCCGGAUGCCACUUUCCUUUCAACAAUACUGUAGGCUUUCUGGGCUGGAGGAGGUCCGCACUCUCAUGCCUUCUGAGGCUCAGGUGCUGGUGGAUCGUGUGUCCAAUCGGUGUUGCUUCCAACUGGCCUUCGAUAUCACAAGUGCUCUCAAUAUGGAGCCGUUGCGGUUGCUUUCACAGUGGUCGUGCCACAAAGUGCGUGACACUGCACUUGAUGAAAACACUGUCUACGCGCAGAUCCGCGACGUUAUGCAGCGGUAUCCCGGUGCCAGCUACUCGGAGAGCUCUCUGGCCGCAUUUCGUCACGGCCGCAGCGCACUGGCCACAGCACUACUCAACGAGGAUUUGAGUGUGCAUAGAAAGGUUACAGUGUUUCUGUUAAUUGGUCAGUGGAAGCUUGCCGUGCAUUGGGCGGCUCUUGGCGAUGACGCCGACCUCAUCCAUCUGGCACUUGUCUACGCCAUAGCGUCAGUGGAGGAUCGCCCCAAGCUCUUCAAUGUGCUACUGGACUACCCAGCGGUUUUGGCAUAUAUGCUGCUUGGGGCGCGCCUGCUUCCGCUUUGGCGAGCGCUGAUCGAAGAAAUCUGCACAGCACACUUUGACUCCACCUUAGCGGUUUACUGUGCUCGUAGCUGCAUUGCAUUUUCGCUUGAAACCGACAAGCGUGAAACGAGUCAGGAGUCGUCAAGGCAGCCAGCAGCACUGUCACAGAUAAAGGCAGACGCACCUGACAGCACCGCGAAUCGAAUUCCUACAUCUCACAGUGUGAGGAGAGAUGGUCACCCAAAUACAAAGGUGGAUCCGCACCUCGAGGCAGUACUCCGUGUAUUGGCACCACCGUCUCUGUCUGACGCGUUGGCUGCAUUAAGGGACCUCCCAGAAGAUGGAACAUAA